AUGCCCUUUGGACUUAAGAAUGCCAGAGUUACUUAUACCCGGAUGGUGGCCCGGCUGUUCCAAGAUCUGUUGGGAAAAUCCAUGGCCGCGUACGUGGACGACAUGCUCGUCAAGAGCCAAGAAAAGGGCGAGCAUGCGAGAGAUCUGACCGAUUGCUUCCAAGUAAUGAUACGGUAUAAUCUCCGACUAAAUCCUAAGAAAUGUGCCUUUGCAGUGCAAGGCGGAAAGUUCUUAGGAUAUAUGGUUACUAAACGAGGCAUUGAGCCUAACCCCGAGAAGGUUCAAGCUAUCAUCGACGUGCAGCCUCCCAGUACCGUCAAAGACCUGCAGCGGCUAACUGGACGACUGGCUGCCCUUAGUCGCUUCUUGAGCAAGGUGGGUGAACCUCUGUAUUUAUACUUGGCCGCCUCCCAGAAGGCGGUGAGCUCUGUGCUGGUCCGAGAAGAGGAACGUGCACAGCACCAGGUGUAUUAUGUGAGCCGCUCUUUGAAAGCCGCCGAGACCCGGUACACGGCCUUAGAAAAGAUAGUUUAUGCGCUGGUGAUCACCGUGCGCAAGUUAGCGCCUUAUUUCCAAGCCCACACUGUCCGAGUGCUGACUGAUCAACCUUUGGGGAGCGUCUUGCGGAACCCCUUGUCGUCCGGUCGCUUGGUGAAGUGGGUCGUGGAAUUAACCCAGUACGGGAUCGAGUAUCAACCACGGCCUUCCCUAAAAGGCCAAGCCUUGGCCGACUUCUUGGUCGAAUGCACAGUAAGUGAAGAAGAAAAGGUACGCACUUCGGAAGAUGACUUCGGCAAAUGGUGGGAGAUGCACGCGGAUGGAGCCGCUAGUCGACAACAUUGCGGGGGUGGAGUCAUGCUAAUCACUCCAGAAGGAUUCCGACUGUAUUACGCCCUGAGCUAUUUGUUCCCAACAUCCAACAACGAGGCCGAAUAUGAGGCAGUGCUGAAUGGUCUUCGACUCGUCAAGGGACUGGGAGUCGAACGAUUGCGGAUCAAAACCGACUCUAGAUUAGUAGUUGGGCAGAUCUCCGGCACGUGUGAGGCUAGGAACGCCCGGAUGACCCUUUACAGAGAAAAGGCGGUGGAGAUGCUAAAAGAGUUCAGGGCCUACGAAAUAGAAUAUAUCUCUCGGGCAGACAACGUGGAAGCCGACAUACUGUCCAAGAUCGCACUGCCGACAUACUGUCCAAGAUCACCGGACCACCUCGUUAAGAUUUGCCAGAAGGAAGAGCUGAGUCGGUCGAGUAUCGAGGAGACGCCGUUGGAAGUCCGGCAGGUGACCCGCGUAGAAUGGGAUCGGGAAAAGAACCCCGAGAUGUUUUGGAUCGAAGAUAUCCGACGGUUUAAAGAAACGGGCGAGUUGCCCAAAGACGCAGGAGUCGCCGCUAACGUUCGACGGAAGGCCCCUUCUUUCCAAAUCCUCGAUGGACAGCUAUACAAGCGGUCAUUCGGAGGUCCUCUUUUGAAAUGCCUGCUCAGACCCGAGGCCGAGAAGAUAAUGGACGAAGCCCAUAGAGGCAUCUGCGCCGCCCACCAGGGUGCCCACACACUCGCCCGAAAACUAGUCGUCCAAGGAUACUACUGGCCAACCAUGAUGCGGGAUUGCAUCGAGUGGAUAGCGAAGUGUGGCGUGUGCCAAGCCUUCGCCAGGAAGGACACGCGGCCAGCCACCUUUUACACCCCGGUCACCACGGCCAUUCCUUUUGCUAAAUGGGGAAUCGACUUAUUGGGACCGCUGCCAGUCGCCCCGGGAAGCUUGAAAUUCUGCGUAGUGGCCAUCGAUUACUUCACCAAGUGGAUCGAGGCCGAGCCUCUAGCCACCAUCACCGAAUAUCAAUGUCGACGCUUCCUAUGGAAGAAGGUGAUUUGCCGUUUUGGCCUGCCCGAACAUAUCGUUAGCGACAACGGUCGACAGUUCGACUGUCAGGCGUUCACCGACUUCUGUUGCCAACACGAUAUCCGUCACACCAAGGUAUCCGUGGCAUACCCCCAGGCCAACGGCCAAGUCGAGAACGCGAAUCGGACCACAGUGGACAGGAUCUGA